UACCUGCUCUGUCCCCUCAGCCAGUCCCUUUGUAACCAAGGUGAAAGAACUCCGUCUACAACGAGAUGACUUUGAGAUCCUGAAGGUGAUCGGCCGAGGGGCCUUUGGGGAGGUUGCUGUGGUGAGGCAGAGGGACAGUGGGCAGAUUUUUGCCAUGAAAAUGCUGCACAAGUGGGAGAUGCUGAAGAGGGCCGAGACCGCCUGUUUCCGGGAGGAGCGGGACGUUCUGGUGAAGGGGGACAGCCGCUGGGUGACUGCUCUGCAUUAUGCCUUCCAGGACGAGGAGUACCUGUACCUGGUGAUGGACUACUAUGCUGGCGGGGACCUCCUCACGCUGCUGAGCCGCUUUGAGGACCGCCUUCCCCCUGAGCUUGCUCAGUUCUACCUGGCUGAGAUGGUGCUGGCCAUCCACUCGCUGCACCAGCUGGGCUAUGUCCACAGGGAUGUCAAGCCAGACAAUGUCCUUCUGGACAUGAACGGGCACAUCCGCCUGGCUGACUUCGGCUCCUGCCUGCGUCUCAACAACAGUGGCAUGGUGGAUUCAUCGGUGGCAGUAGGGACACCAGACUACAUCUCCCCUGAGAUCCUACAGGCCAUGGAGGAGGGCAAGGGCCACUACGGCCCGCAGUGCGACUGGUGGUCCCUGGGAGUCUGCGCCUACGAGCUGCUCUUCGGGGAAACACCUUUCUAUGCUGAAUCCCUGGUGGAAACCUAUGGCAAGAUCAUGAACCAUGAGGACCACCUGCAGUUCCCCUCAGAUGUGCCUGAUGUGCCAGCCAGUGCCCAUGACCUGAUCCGCCGGCUGCUGUGCCGCCAGGAGGAGCGGCUGGGUCGUGGCGGGCUGGAUGACUUCCGGAACCACCCCUUUUUCCAAGGCGUGGACUGGGAGCGCCUGGCGAACAGCACUGCCCCCUAUAUCCCUGAGCUUCGAGGGCCUAUGGACACCUCCAACUUUGAUGUGGAUGACGACACUCUCAACCAUCCAGGUACCCUGCCACCACCCUCCCAUGGGGCCUUCUCAGGCCACCACCUGCCGUUCGUGGGCUUCACCUAUACCUCCAGCCAUUCCGCUUCUGAGAGCAAAUCUGAACCUGGGGCUGCCCUGGAGAAGUUCUGCCGUUUGGAGCAGGAGAAGGUGGAGCUGGGCUGGAAGCACCAAGAGGCCCUGCACGGCCACUCAGACCACCAGGAGCUGGCGCGGCUACGGACAGAAGUGCAAACUCUGCAGGGGAGGCUGGCAGAGAUGCUAAGAGACAGCAAGGCCCACUUGUCCCAGAUGGAUGGGGCUCCUGCUGGUAGCCUAAGCCAAGACGGUGACCUGUGGCAGGAGAAAGAUCGGCUCCAGCAGGAGCUGACCGAGGCUCAGACAGGGCUGCAGGUGCAGGGUCAGGAGCUGCGCAGAGUCCAGGACCGGCAGGAGGAGUUGCUGCAGCAGCUACAGGAGGCCCAGGAGAGAGAGGCGGCCUCAGCCAGCCGGAUCCAAGCCUUGAGCUCCCAGCUAGAGGAAGCCUGGGAUGCCCAAAGGGAGCUGGAAGGCCAGGUGGCUACCCUGCGCCAGGAGGUGGCACAGCUCCAGGGACAAUGGGAGCGAAGUCUUGAGAAGAAGUCUUCCCCAGCCAAGACUGUCCACGCAGCCUCUGAGACCAACGGCACAGGCCUGCCUGAAGGUGGACCUCAGGAGGCCCAGCUGAGGAAGGAGGUGGCAGCCUUGCAGGAACAGCUGAAACAGGCCCGCAGCCGUGGGCCUGUAGAGAAGGACGAGGCCCUGUGCCGGCUGCAGGAGGAGAACCAGCGACUGAGCCAGGAGCAGGAGCGGCUGGCAGAAGAGCUGGAACAGGAGCUGCAGAGCAAGCAGCGGCUGGAGGGAGAGCGGCGGGAGACCGAGAGCAACUGGGAGGCCCAAAUCGCAGACAUCCUCAGCUGGGUGAAUGAUGAGAAGGUCUCUAGAGGCUACCUGCAGGCCCUGGCCACCAAGAUGGCUGAAGAGCUGGAAUCCUUGCGGAAUGUGGGCACCCAAACGCUCCCUACCCGGCCUCUGGACCACCAGUGGAAGGCGCGCCGGCUACAAAAGAUGGAGGCCUCUGCCCGGCUGGAGCUGCAGUCAGCGCUGGAGGCUGAGAUCCGUGCCAAGCAGAAUCUGCAGGAGCAGCUGACACAGGUGCAGGAGGCCCAGCUGCAGUCUGAGAAACGCCUGCAGGAGGCUGAGAAGCAGAGCGGAGCCCUGCAGCAGGUGCAGCCUGGCUGGGCUGUGGAGAGAAAAGUCUGCCCACACUCAGCAACUAAGCCCAGCAUCUGUUGCCCAGUACUUACUGAGCACCUGCUGUGUGCCGUCUCCCCUCCCUCCUGGCCUGUGGUCAUUUCCCUGCUGACGAAGCUGGGAGUUGAGAUUCCCCCAUUGCCGCCUCUGUUUCCUCAGGCCAGGAAUCCCACCUCCAGUGACCCAUGCUCUCUAUUUGCAGAUACCAAGCCCUCAAACUCCCUCAUCCCCUUCCUGUCCUUCUGGAACGCAGAGAAGGACUCAGCCAAGGACACUGGCAUCUCAGGAGAGGCCCCAAGGCCUGGGGCGGAGCCAGAGCUGAAGCCGGAGGGCCGCCGCAGCCUGCGCAUGGGGGCUGUGUUCCCCAGAGCACCUGCUGCCACCACUGCCCCUGCAGAAGUUCCUCCUGCCAAGCCUGGCUCACACGCACUGCGUCUCCGGAACUUCUCGUCCCCUACCAAGUGUCUCCGCUGCACCUCACUGAUGCUGGGCCUGGGCCGCCAGGGCCUGGCCUGUGAUGCCUGUGGCUACUUCUGUCAUUCAACCUGCGCCCUCCAGGCCCCACCCUGCCCUGUGCCCCCUGAACUCCUCCGCACAGCCCUGGGAGUGCACCCUGAGACAGGCACGGGCACUGCCUAUGAGGGCUUCCUGUCGGUGCCGCGGCCCUCGGGCGUCCGGCGGGGCUGGCAGCGGGUAUAUGCUGCCCUCAGUGACUCACGCCUACUGCUGUUUGAUGCACCUGAUCCGAGGGUCAGCCCUGCCAGUGGGGCCCUCCUGCAGGCCUUGGACCUAAGGGAUCCCCAGUUCUCAGCCACUCCAGUCGUGGCCCCAGAUGUUAUCCAUGCCCAAUCCAGGGACCUGCCACGCAUCUUUAGGGUGACAGCCUCCCAGCUAACAGUGCCACCGACCACCUGCACCGUGCUGCUACUGGCUGAGAGCGAGGGGGAGCGGGAGCGAUGGCUGCAGGUGCUGGGUGAGCUGCAGCGGCUGCUGCUGGACACACGGCCAAGGCCCCGGCCUGUGUACACACUCAAGGAGGCCUACGACAACGGGCUGCCACUCCUGCCCCACACAUUCUGCGCCGCUGUCAUCGACCAGGAGCGGCUUGCCUUGGGCACAGAGGAGGGGCUCUAUGUGAUCCAUCUGCACAGCAAUGACAUCUUCCAGGUGGGAGAGUGCCGCCGGGUGCAGCAGCUGGCUGUCAGCCCCUCUGCAGGCCUGCUGGUUGUGCUGUGUGGCCGUGGCCCUAGCGUGCGCCUCUUUGCCCUCUCAGAGCUGGAAAGCACUGAUGCAACAGGUGCCAAGAUCCCCGAGUCCCGAGGCUGCCAGGUGCUGACAGCUGGGCGCAUCCUGCAGGCGCGCACUCCCGUACUCUGUGUAGCUAUCAAGCGCCAGGUGCUCUGCUACCAGCUGGGCCCAGGACCAGGGCCCUGGCAGCAUCGCAUCCGGGAGUUUCAGGCACCUGCAUCUGUGCAGAGCCUGGGGCUACUGGGCGAUCGGCUGUGUGUGGGUGCCGCGGGUACCUUCGCCCUCUACCCGCUGCUCAACGAGGCUGCACCCUUGGUACUGGGGGCUGGCUUGGUGCCAGAGGAGCUGCCAUCAUCCCGUGGAGGCCUGGGUGAGGCCCUGGGUGCUGUGGAGCUCAGCCUUAAUGAGCUCUUGCUGCUCUUCACCACUGCUGGAGUCUACGUGGAUGGCACUGGCCGCAAGUCACGCAGUCACGAGUUACUGUGGCCAGCAGCACCCACAGGCUGGGGUUACACAGCCCCCUAUCUCACAGUGUUCAGUGAGAACACCAUUGACGUGUUUGACGUGAGGAGAGCAGAAUGGGUCCAGACGGUGCCGCUCAAGAAGGUGCGGCCUCUGAACCCAGAGGGCUCCCUCUUCCUGUAUGGCACCGAGAAGAUCCGCCUGACCUACCUCAGGAACCGGCUGGCAGAGAAGGACGAGUUCGACAUCCCCGACCUCACCGACAACAGCCGGCGCCAGCUGUUCCGCACAAAGAGUAAGCGCCGCUUCUUCUUCCGUGUUUCGCCGGAGCAGCGGCAGCAGCAGCGCAGGGAGAUGCUGAAGGACCCUUUUGUGCGCUCCAAGCUUAUCUCACCGCCCACCAACUUCAACCACCUGGUGCACGUGGGCCCUACUGACAGGAGGCACAGCGCCCGGGACCUGCCUCGAGCUCCGGAAGAGAAGGGCCGAGGUGCCCGCAGCUCCGGCCCGCAGCGGCCCCACAGCUUCUCCGAGGCGUCGCGGCGCCCUGCGUCCAUGGGCAGUGACGGCCUCCCUGGAGACACAGACCCCAUGAAGAGGAAACCUUGGACUUCUCUGUCCAGCGAAUCAGUGUCUUGCCCCCAGGGAUCCCUGAGUCCUGCAGCAUCCCAGAUACAGGUCUCAGAGCGGCCCCGGAGCCUCCCACCAGCUGCUGAGUCAGAGAGCUUCCCUUGAUGCACUCUGCAGGGCCCACCCCAACCCCAAGACAGAAGGAUGUGAGGGAGCAAAAAGCUUGAGGAACGCCAUACUCCGGCUGGUCCCGGACACAUGGAAAUUGGACUCAGGGAGGGCCUGGGAGGGCAGUGCCCAGGAGGCUUGCCUGGGUUCCCAGGGCUCAGGAUCCUGACUCCCUACCCUCAUCCUGCCUUUCCCCUUGGCUCCCAUCCCCAGCCUAUGCUGGCCACUGGGAAUAGAAAGGCCCUGGUGCCCCAGGGUGACAGUGCCAAAGCCCUUCCUUCCAGUGGCAAGUCCUGGGGUGCUUUUAAGAGUCAGGGUGAGGAGAAUGGAGAGGGACGAGGUCUCUGGGAGCAGGUCUGGGGUCUUGUGUAAACACUGGCCACCAGCUGAGACGAAGAUGGGGCAUGUCAGGGUCUCUGCUCAGGGCAGGGUGGGACAGACAGGCUCUGAUUCAGAGAAAAGAGUAGAAAAAGGAGGAGGCAGGAUGUAGGUGAAGAAGGUGAGAGGCCAGAGGGAGAGAGGAAGUGGAAGAAGAGACGAUAAGGAUUGGAAGGUGAGAGAGGGCAUCCAGAGGAGAGUGGAAGGAUAAAGGUGGAACCAAGAAGAAGAGGAGGGGAGAGGGAGCUGAGAGGGAGAACCAGACCCUGGGGCUCUUCUCUGGGAAGGGCUUGGUGGUACUGGGAGCAAGAUUGACACUGUCAGCUAAUCCGCCCCCAGGGGUGGGGGGAGAUAAUUCCAAGGAAGGGACGGGAUGGGGAGGGUAUUUAUAAGGCUUCUCGUGGGAGAUGGACACCCGUUGGGGGCCACUGGGCCGUUUCCAGGCAUACUUUGGCCCUUCCCAGAAAGAGGGGUCCUUUUUCUUGAAGCUUCAACCAAUUGUGUAUUAGGGGAACCUAGGGGGGCAUUUUAUUAUUGAUCAUAGUCAUUAUUAUUAUAUUACUAUUUUUAUUAAACCUCCUCCCACUAAAGCGUGGGGGGCAAAAUAAGUAUUUAUCUCCUCAAAUGCCACAUCCCUGGGAGGGAUGGACCUGAUGCUGUGAGGCAGCAGGAAACCAAUAAAGGCAACUUUGUAAGCUG